AUGGUAGGAUUGACAACCGAUGACGCUCCAGCUAUGGUGGAUCGUGAUAAAGGUCUCGUGGGAUUAUGUCGUAAAGAUGAAAGUUUUCCUCAACCUGUCUGUUACCACUGCAUCAUCCAUCACCAAGCAUUAUGUGGACAUUUUCUAAAACUAAACAACAUUAUGAAAUUGGUAGUAAAAGUUGUGAACAAGAUUAGAGCUGAAAUGUUACAAAGAUGA